AUGAAGACCAACUCUCUUCUCCCUUUACUGGGUCUCUCCGGCGCUGCCGUUGGCGCCGCUGUGAGCCACAAGCAGUCUCCCUUCGGCUACACCUCGGGUUCCAAGGAGUCCAUUGCGAACAUGAAGGACAAGAUUGAGAAUGUUGUCUGGAUUUUGAUGGAGAACCGUGGUUUCGACAACAUUCUGGGCGGCGUUCACAAGAAAGAACUCGACAACGUCGUCAACAACGGCCCCUUCUGCAACCCGCUCUCCGUCUCAGACCCCAAGGGCCAAAAAAUGUGCAGUCAGUUCAAGGACUUUGACUCGGUCAUCCACGACCCCGACCACUCAGUGACUGGUGUCAACUUUGAACUCUACGGUACCUGGAAUCCCGACAAUGAGGCCAUUGCCAACGGCACUCUUAAGGCCAACUUGUCAGGCUUCGUCCAACGCCAGGUUGAGCGCUACAAGAUCGAUCCUAAGCUCGCCACCGAAGAGGUCAUGGGCUACUACUCCGAGGAUGAGAUCCCCACCAUGGUGGACUUGGUGAACGAGUUCACCACUUUCAACUACUGGCACUCUUGUGUCCCGGGCCCUACCAACCCGAACCGUCUCUGCGCUGUCGCUGGUACCCCUGACGGCCACGGCAAGAAUGACAAUGACUUCGACGUCUCCGCCAUCCCAAUCCCCAGCAUCUUUGAGGUGGCCUCCAGCAAGAACAUCUCCUGGAAGAACUACGAUGGCACCAACGGCGCUUUCCUUUCGGACGCCAUGUUCUUCGAAUGGACUGCCGCCCACGCCAAGUCCAACGUCGUGCCCCUCGAGCACUUCUUCCAGGAUGCUCUCCUGGGAACACUCCCCAAGCUCUCCUACAUCAAUCCUUCCUGCUGCGGCCUCGACACCAACUCCAUGCACCCUUCCGGCCAGAUUUCUACCGGCCAGGUUCUCCUGAAGCAAGUCUAUGAUGCUCUCCGCGCCAGCCCUCAGUGGGAGAAGACCAUGCUGCUGAUCACCUUCGACGAGACCGGUGGCUUCUUUGACCACGUUGCUCCCCCCUUGGCUGUUCGCCCUGAUGACAAGACCUACACCGAAACCGCCAAGGACGGCAGCGUGUACACUCUGAACUUUGACCGUCUCGGUGGCCGUAUGCCCACUUGGCUCGUCUCACCUUACUCUCCCAAGGGAUACGUUGAGAACAUGGGUGUUGACCCCGCCACUGGCAAGUCCUCUUCGUACUCUGCCACUUCCGUCCUCAAGACCCUGGGCUAUCUCUGGGAUCUGGAGGACUUGAGCCCUCGUGUCUCCCACUCUCCCACCUUUGAUCACUUGAUCGGUCCCAAGGUCCGCAAGUCGGCUCCUCAGACCCUGGCCGUUCCUCACCCCUUCCCUUAG